GUUUGUUUGGCAGCCUGGGUGACAAAAAAGUUCAUAAAUAUUUUAUCAUAUAAAACUCAAAAAGAGAAAUUUGAAGGUAGAGUAAACAAAACAAAAGUUUAACAGAGAUGAUAACAAGAAGGUCAAAAUCUUAGAACAGCAAAAGAAAAUGCCAAAAGUUGUGCAUGUCAAGGUUCUAAAAGCUGGUUAACCUCCACACCAAAAAUGAUAUUUUUCAUCAAAGAGAAAUAUGAAGGACUUCAUAAGAAAUUCAAGUGUCAAAUCUCCUCCUAUGUAACCAUGAAAUGGGCCAAAGUAACCAUCUUGCAGAUUUUUACAAUUAACAACCAUACCAACAUCCUAGUCAUAGACUAAUGAUGAACAAAUUCACAAGUUUAUAUGACAAAGGCUAUUAGCUGACUAGCUCCAGCUGUGGCCAGUUGUGUUCCAAUUCUAGUUAUAUGUUUUUCCAUCGUGCUUGAGUGCAAGCAAAACAAGGCUUGCUUAAAAUUAAAAUUAAAAGAGUUGGGACAAUCCUGCUCAUCACUUUCAGAAAAGCUCUAUUACACUCUUUGCUAUCACUGAAUCAGAAAUUCAUAUCUUUUCGACAAUUUUAUUGACCCCCUAGACUCAAAUGUGUUUAAGGGCUCUUAACCAGGAGCAAAUGUUCAGCGAAAAUGAAACAUCUACAAAAGUCGUACUAUCAGACAGCACCAGCUGAAGAAGUUUUUGCAUGCAUGUAAGUCUCGUGUUUUAGUUAUGGUCUUGAUGGUUUGGCAUGGAAUGACCUUUUCUGAAAAGAUUAAUGAGAUUAGCUUUUAAGAAAAUUUGACAAUUGAAAAAUUUUGGUCUUCAUAAUAUAUAUUUUUAUAAAGAAUGAUUUUUUCAUGUAUUUUGAGAUCACCAUUAAGCCCAGCAUGUAAUCUGUUUCUCUUUGACAGAAGCUUGCAAAUAGAUGAGAGGCUAUACAAAGAAAGUUGUACAACAGAAAUGCACAGUUACACUAAAGAAAUUGAAAUGGACCCAGUCAUAUGUCAUUGUGCCAUCUUGGAAAACCAGUCCAUGUCAAAGAUCUCUGACAAAGCAUACAGGGUUUCAAGCCUGGCAUUAAACAAGGCAUUUUUGAAUGUGAGGGUAUAUGAUCUGCCAACUUUGGUUUAUGAAUCUGGUAUUGUUUCUCAACAGCUCAGUAGUGUGUGCAUAUUUGUUUCAUCAUUUGUUUACAUGGAUAUGAAUUUGGUUUCCCCCACAUCUGUUCUGAUUGGCUUGCUGGUAAUGAGUUUCAUUGGCAAUUUCCUUUUUCUUAAAUUGGAUUCAGUCACAAAGCAAGAAGUUAUGAUACACAGUGGGCAAGACCUAAAGAGCAUUGUUCUUUUUACAUCAUUCGUGUAUGGUCUAUCGCCAAUUCUUAAGACAUUGACUGAAACAAUUAGCACAGAUACAAUUUAUGCCAUGACCGUGGGCAUGCUGGCUACUAAUAUUUUACUUCAUGAUUAUGUUUCUGAAACGCCUACCGCAUCAAGAUCAGCGUCAUUGAAUGCGAGCAUAUUUGCAGCUGUUUGCCUCGCAUCAAGACUGCCAAGUUCAUGGCACGCUUUCGUUACUGUGAUGCUUGCAAUGCAGAUAUUUGCGGUGAUUCCUCAAUUGAGAAUCAGACUUAAGAAUCAUGAAAAGACAGCCUUUGUCCUUUUGACUGUGACGAUGGGAAUUGUUGCUUGUGCGAUGGUAGCAGUUGUUUCUUAUGGCUUCGCUGUUGCCUUAGCAGUGUCCCAAUUUGCUAUUGUGCUGCUGUUCCCGUGGUGGAUGAUGAGGCUUCAAAGAUACAAAAACAACAUUCAUGGACCCUGGGAUGAGGCGAUAAUCAAAGAUUGAACAAUUAAUGCUGGAUACGCCCAAGGCUUGUUUCACGAUGCCAUGAGGUUUCGGAUAAACCUGAAGAAAAUAAAAGAUUGCACUAUGAAGGUGAAAUUCUUACUGAAUUCAAAGAGGACGACAAGUCGUGCCAGAAAUCCAUUUCAAAACGAAGGCAAACGCUAGUCAAAAAGCUGACAUAUAUGAUCAAGUUGCUUCAGGAUUAAGUGCUUUGGGCCUAACCUCAGAAUGUGUUGGUGGUGGAAGAAUUCUGCAUGUGCCAAAUGAAAAGAAGCUGUUUGUUUAUGGAUAUUCAAUGGGUUUUGGAAAAGC